AUGGAAAAUCCAAAUGAAACACUUGCUACUCUUUUAAAUGCACCUAUACAUGCCGAUUAUGCUGAUUAUUUCAAUCCAUCACAUUUACAAUAUCAUCAUCAUCAUUACUUUCAUAAUGCAAAUCGAAUGUAUCAAACACAAGCAGCCUCUUAUUUUACACCUGAACAGUUUGAUACUCAACAACAACAACAACAACAACAAUUAACAACUGAUCAUCAUCCACUUUAUUCAUCACCAACAACAAAUUCAAAUUAUCUUACACAUCAUCCAUCAGUUGAUAUUUAUCAUUCCCAAUAUCAACCACCAUCAUCGUCAACAUUAUUAACACAUUUACCAACAUAUGAAACUUAUGCAUCACCAACAAUUUUAACUAAUCUUGAACAACCACAACAAAAACCGACUAUUAUUAAAUAUGAACCAAAUAAUGAUUUAACAAAUAAUUUAAGUGAACAAAGUGCUGAUGAAGAUAUUGGUUGUAAUGAAGAUGAAAAAAAAUCUUCAGGUAAAAAAUCAAAAUGUAAUAAUUCAAAUGGAAAUAAUCCAAAUGCUCGACAACGUCGACAACGUACACAUUUUUCUAGUCAACAAUUAACACAACUAGAGCAAACAUUUACGAUUAAUCGUUAUCCGGAUUUAGCAACACGUGAAGAUAUUGCAGCAAUGACUAAUUUAACUGAGGCUAAAGUUCGUGUUUGGUUUAAAAAUCGUCGAGCUAAAUGGCGUAAACGUGAAAGAAAUAUGGAUCAUUUAAGAAGUUUUCCUCAUAUUGUUGCGCCAUUUGAUAUGUAUACUCAUCAUCAAGCUCCACCACCACCAUUUAUGUCAACAUAUCCAACAAAUACAAAUUGGGAUACAGCAAAAUCUCCUUCAAGUCCAAAAUCUUCAUCUCAAUCAUCACCAAAUACAAAUCCAACAAGUUCAUAUCAAACAACAACUAAUCCUUGGACACUCCCAUCAAUGAAUUCAUUAACUCAACCAUUGUCUAUAACAAAUAAUUAUAGUGAUACAACAUCACCAGCACCACCAAAUACUACUAUAACAUCAUCAUAUUAUUCAUUAUCGGAUACGAAUCCAAAUAUUUAUACACACAAUACAAAUCUUAUUGAACCAUUAACAUCACAUCCAUUAACACAAGUUCUUAAAAAUAAAGCAAAACAAAAUAGUUCUAGUUUUCAAUUAUAUGAAAGUUCGACAGCAACACAGAAUGGAUUUUAUUCCGAAACAAAUUGA